CGUCGCAUAUCCGUGAUAUCGUACCACCUAGUUGACGAAAUAUCGAGACAAUGAGAGUUUAUCUGAGUUUUGAAUUUUUCCUUUGGACCCGGGAGAAAGUCAAGAGGUUGUGAAGAGGGGAAACAUUUUAAUCGAACUUGUCGUAUAGUGGACUCAGGUCGACAGCGCCAAGUCAGCCUCGCCUUGGAACAGUACGUGUUCUCUUACCCCGAGUGUAAUAACAUAGAAAGUACCUGUAUUUAUUCGCGCCAGUUACGUGAUUUAAGGUUUCCUAUUUGUUUAAACCGAUAUUUUCAAACACUAUUUCACCAGAUUAAACAAUAACACUGGAACAAUAUUGACUAAUUGGUCAAUACACGUGAAAUAUUCAAGGGACUGUGCACUGUUGACUAGAGAAGAAUCAUGUGAAAAGAAAAAAAUUUAUUUUCACUGCCUGAAGAUAUUUAAGUCGACCUGUUUGAUUCAAAAAAAUAGCGCGCAUACAUCCUGAAUUCCAACGCCUGCGCAAUACAGCCAUGACUGAUAUGGGUCACAUGACACCAGUACCGAGGGACUGUUGUGGUAAAGUCGCUGGUCGUUCUCGCACGCAAAAUUUCAUUAGAAAAAAUCAAUUAGAUUCACCAGCUUUUGUCUGCAUAUCCUGUUUCUGCACUGUUCUUGGGCUAAUGUGCAUUCUGACGAUUGCACUAUUGAUUAUCACGCAAUCAUCGAUAACAUCAGCUCACGAUUCAGGCAUUCCCCAAGCCUACUCAAGGAUGACAUCAAAAGAUCAAUCAACGGAAAUUAGAUUUCGUUUAUCACCGGAUGUCACACCCAUUGAGUAUGAUCUCUACCUCCACCCAGACCUGGCCAAAGGGACUUUCUCAGGGAAUGUGACAAUUACAAUCCAGGUGAAAUCUAAGAGGAAUUACAUAGCCCUUCACCAGAAGGACCUAAACAUAACAAAAGCUAGCAUGACGACCUACGACCGUCAAGCAAACUACGAUAUACCAAUAAAGGACAGAUACACUGUUGAAGCUCUUGAGGAGCUAGUGGUAACGUUCAACGAGGACAUCCCCUAUGGCAUGUACCAGCUGGCAUUUGAUUUUGAGGGCGCCCUGCAGCCGGACAAAAUUGUUGGCUUCUACGCAAGUCGCUACAAGGAUGAGCAUGGCCACAAUAAAGUGAUAGCCACUUCAAAAUUCGAGCCAACGUACGCCAGAAGGGCAUUUCCCUGCUUCGACGAGCCAUCAUUCAAGGCCCCAUUCAAGGUUAAACUUGUUUAUCCAACGGGUGACGGUUAUCACGCCCUUUCAAGUAUGAACGCCGAGAGUAGUGUUAUGAACAAACCCGAAUUGGGUCUCACAACAGUGACAUUCGCCAAGAGUGUACCAAUGUCAACGUACCUCAUUUGCUUCAUUGUCAGUGAUUUUGUCUCUGUAUCAGCACCAGCAAGAAAGCUCAACGAGAGCGAGACAUUUCCCAUAAGUGUCUACACAACUAGAGCACAAAAAGAUAAAGCAGCUUUUGCACUGGACAUUGGAGUCAAGAUAAUUGAAUUUUACACGAAACUCUUCAGAAUUGAUUAUCCUCUACCCAAACUGGACAUGGCUGCCAUUCCAGAUUUUGUAUCUGGCGCUAUGGAGAACUGGGGACUCAUCACCUACAGAGAGGCGAGACUUCUUUACGAUCAAAAGACAAGCUCCACUGCUGAUCAAGAAGGUAUAGUUCAGGUGAUUGCUCAUGAAUUUGCUCAUAUGUGGUUUGGUAAUCUGGUGACGAUGGGCUGGUGGCACGAUUUGUGGCUGAACGAGGGAUUCGCAAGUUACAUGCAGUACAAAAGUGCUGAUGCCAUUCUACCAGAUUGGGGAGUUAUGAAUAGAUUUCUACCCGAGGCACUUCAUCCGGUUUUUAUCACUGAUGCCAAACUCAGUUCACAUCCUAUUGUGCAAACUGUUGCUAAUCCUGAUGAGAUUACUGCUAUUUUCGAUGUGAUAACGUACAGUAAGGGUGCCUCAGUUCUCCGGAUGUUGGACAACUUCAUUGGGCCGGAAACCUUCAACUGGGGCGUAACAACGUACCUAAAUCAAUUCGCAUACCUCAACGCCGAGACAGCUGAUCUAUUCAGAAUUCUGCAGACAGCAGCGGGAAAUAACAUAAACAUCACAGCGAUAAUGGAUACCUGGACAAGGCAAAUGGGCUUUCCGGUGGUGAAUGUGACCAGAAAUGGUACGACUUUCACCCUCACGCAGAAAAGAUUCCUAGCCGAUCCAGACGCUAAAUACGAUCCCACAGAGUCUGAUUACGGUUACAAAUGGACAAUUCCAAUCACAUACGUAACUGAUAAGAACGCAGUUUCAACUUUAAUUUGGUUCGACAAAGAUGCCGCUAAACUCGAAUUCAAAUUGUCAGAACCAGUUGAGUGGGUGAAGUUCAAUCACGAUCAGGUGGGUUAUUACAGGGUCAAUUAUGACGUUCAAGAAUGGAAUUCAUUCGUCGAAGUACUGCAAACUCGUCACAAGAGGCUGUCCAUUUCUGACAGAACGAGCCUCAUCGAAGACGCCUUCAGUCUAGCUCAUGCCUGUCAGUUGGACUACACCAUUGCCUUGAGAAUGACAUCUUAUCUUGACAAGGAGCAGGCCGCCACACCAUGGAGAGUUGCUGCUGUCAAGUUGAGGACUAUCGACAAUCUCCUUGGGUCGACUGAUGUCCUGCCAAAGUACAGGCAAUACCUCAGGAAACUGGUAGACAUUACAUAUCACGAUGUCACCUGGCGAGUGGAUGGAUUCGAAGAUCAUGACACACGUCGACUGAGAUCAUCGGUACUACAUUUUGCCUGCGGUGUGGGACACACUGAAUGCCUCGACGACGCUGGUGUAAUUUUCAAGAAGUGGAUUGAUGAUAUAGAAGAUGUGAGACCUCAUCCAGACAUCAGGGAGGCGAUCUACAAGUAUGGAAUGAGUCAUGUUGGCAAAGAGACUGAGUGGAAUAUCAUGUUCCAAAGAUUUAUUGAGGAGACUGAUGCCAGUGAGAAACUAAAUCUCCAACGAGGACUCGCUGCAGUCCAGUCUAAAUGGCUUUUGAAUAAAUUCAUUGGAAUAGCUGUUGACGAGAAGUACGUGAGAUCUCAGGAUACUUUCGGGUGCCUUCUCGCAAUCUCUAGGAAUCCCGUUGGUAAUCCUCUAGUCUGGGACUGGGUUAGGGAGAACUGGGAGUUUUUGGUGAAACGUUACACUCUUAAUGACAGAUAUUUGGGACAAUUGGUGCCUGGAAUUGUAGCUUCCUUCGCUACUGAUAUUAAACUACAAGAGUUGAGGGCUUUCUUCGAUAAGUAUCCGGAGGCGGGGGCUGGCAAAGCUUACAGGGCAAGGGCUCUUGAGACUGUCGCUAAUAAUAUCAAAUGGGUGAAGAGUAAUGCUGAGAUAAUUGACAGGUGGUUGGAUUCUGUUACCAAGUGAUAGGAUUUUGUUGAAAGAUUUUCGAAUAAGUAUGAGUUUGAUUCUACCAAAUUUAUGAAGUCACGUUAUUUUCUGUAUUGCCAUUGAAUAUUUUGUAAUUUUUGUAAAUUAAUGAGCAAUAAAUUUAAUAUUUCUAUUGA